AUAUAUGCAUGUCCGGGAGGAUACAAAGGCGAAGGAAAACUGUAAGAAAAAAAAAAGGAGAAGAAGAAGAUGGCAUCUCACUCUCAGGUUUUGGUGGAAGAGAAAUCGAGCGUUAGAAUCUUGACAUUUAACAGACCCAAGCAGCUUAAUGCUCUGUCCUUCCACAUGGUCUCUCGGUUGUUGCAACUGUUCCUUGCAUAUGAAGAAGACCCUAGUGUGAAACUUGUCGUCCUAAAGGGUCAGGGAAGAGCCUUUUCUGCUGGUGGGGACAUUCCACCUAUUGUUCGUGAUAUCCUACAAGGCAAACUGAUACGCGGUGCCCAUUACUUCAAAGUUGGAUACACGCUCAACUAUGUUUUGUCCACGUAUAGAAAACCUCAGGUUUCAAUUUUGAAUGGUAUUGUCAUGGGAGGUGGAGCUGGUCUCUCUACCAAUGGUCGAUUUCGUAUUGCAACUGAGAACACGGUUUUCGCAAUGCCUGAGACAGCUCUAGGGCUCUUUCCAGAUGUAGGGGCCUCUUACUUCUUGUCAAGACUCCCUGGAUUUUUUGGAGAGUAUGUUGGCCUUACAGGAGCUAGGUUAGAUGGCGCCGAAAUGCUUGCAUGUGGUCUUGCAACUCAUUUUGUGCCUUCAAUAAGUUUGACUGCAUUAGAAGCAGAGCUUUACAAAGUUGGUUCAAGUAAUCAAACCUUUAUCUCAACAAUUCUCGAUGCAUACGCUGAGUAUCCGCACCUGAACCAGCAUAGUUCUUACCACAGGUUAGAUGUUAUUGAUAGGUGCUUCUCGAAAAGAACAGUGGAGGAAAUUUUCUCUGCACUUGAGAGAGAGGUCACACAAAAACCAAACGAUUGGCUCUUAGCUACCAUUCAAGCAUUGGAGAAGGCUUCACCAUCAUGCCUUAAAAUCUCGCUAAGAUCGAUAAGAGAAGGAAGAUUGCAAGGGGUGGGGCAGUGUCUUAUCCGUGAGUAUAGAAUGGUGUGUCAUGUGAUGAAGGGAGACAUAAGCAAAGACUUUGUGGAGGUUUUGUCAGCUUUUCCGAUUGUAUCUACAUCCUGAAACUGUCCUUUGUAGACCAUAAUUACAAGAACGUGUCUUACUUAUGUAGGGGUGCAGAGCAGUAUUGAUAGACAAAGAUAGGAAUCCAAAGUGGCAGCCAAGGCGACUCGAGGACGUGACGGAUAGCAUGGUAGAUCAGUACUUUGAGAGAGUGGAGGAUGAGGAGGGAUGGGAGGAUCUUAAGUUUCCGCCAAGGAACAACUUGCCUGCUUUAGCAAUCGCAGCAAAGCUUUGAAGUGGAGAAAGGUUAGACAACAAUUGGUUAGACAUCAAACCGGCGACCAAACCGAGGAAAGAGACACAACCCCAGUAUAUAUAAAAAAAAAGUUCUUCUAUUACUUUCUUUUGUUGCAGCAAAUAAAUAAGAAUCUUCGUGCUCUGUUUCAUCCUUUCAAGGAUCACAGUAUCUCACGUUUCCAUGGUUUUCCUUUAUGCACUAUGCUUCAAUGUAUGUAGGAACUUGUGAUUUCAAAAUCCCUAUUUAAAGAAAAUAAAAUGAAAGCCGGAGAAAUAUGUCUAAACAAAUCGUG